AUGAAUAGGGUUUGGCUAUUUGUCUUAUUGAUAUUUUACUCAAAAUGUUUUGCGGAAAUAAAAAAGCAGCAAGCAGCAAAAAUUCUAGAAGACUUACAUCCUCUCAAUUUUAAGUGGCCAGUCGUUAAGCCAGAUAUAGACAUGUGCAAAAUUUCUGAGCCUUGUGAUGAAGACAACUUUAUAAAUGAAUGGGAGAAUAGUCUAAAUUCUGAUUUUGAAAACUUGAAUGAACCAUUUUAUGAAGAGAACGACGGAGUAUUGGUCAUAAACGCUUCAACUUUUUUAUUUUUUGUGCUUUUAUUUAUAAUUGUUCGUAGAAUUUUAAAGAAAAACAUCACAGAUGCGUAA